UAAAAAUGUCAUUGCUUAUAAAAAGCGGCAUAGAUCUUCGAGUUAUUUCAUUGUUUUAUAAUAUUCAAUAGAAGACGAAUCUUUCUCAAACCUUGUUUCUAUCCCGUAAUAUCUCAUAAUUUGAUUAUGUUCCAAGGUGGUAACUAUGAUAAUUCGAUUGAAAUGGUUAAACGCAAACGAACACCAGACUACUCGACCUCGAUUUUCUUAGUGUGUUAUUAUUAUAUCUAGAUUCUAGAUCGAGAUCUACAUCUAGUCUAGAUUUCUAGAUCGAAAUUUGAUUCGACGCCCAAAUUAGAUCCAGUCUAAAACGUUGUUACUGAAGACAAUGGGGAUACUUGUUGCUGCUGUGCUCUUUCUUCUCGUUGGCUUGUCCGGUGGUUACAUCCUUGGAGACAGACUUCUAGACGUGGUGUACUCCAGGGAAGGGGAUUUGAACAUUGGAGGCUUAUUCCCGGUGACGACGUACAACGACACGGCCAUCUGUGGGGUCUCACUGUACCGUGGCUCAUUGACUGCCAUCGAGAUUGUCGAAGCACUGGCCUUUGCUGUGGACAAUAUUAACAAGGACCCGAAGCUGCUACCAAUGAUCAAGCUGGGAUUCACAUUUCUGGACAGCUGUACCAACCCUCAAGCUGGGGUCUUGCAGGCGAUACGAUUUCUGCCUCAGUCAAACGAGAGAGACUAUAUCCCUACAACUGUUGCGAACUAUUUAAACUCCUUUAAAGUGAUCGGAGUUAUCGGAACUGCCACUGGCCACAUCACAACCCCGGUCUCUAUAUUACUGGGCGGCGCAGGGAUACCACUCAUCAGUUUCUGGGACGGCGGGGAUGAUCUUAGCAACAAGAAUGUGCAUCCGACAUUUUUCCGAAUUAUCCCCCCUGACGUCCACCAUGUCUUGGCUAUUCUCAACUUUCUGAAUGAGAACAAGUGGCUAUACUUUUCUGUGCUAGCACAGGACGAUGAUUUUGGCCGAGCCUCUCUGAAAAUAUUAAAGUUAUUUGCAGCUAAGAUGGGCAUGUGCGUUUCUGUCACGUUGAGAGUUUCGGACAACAGUGAUUUUAAAAUUUACCUGGACACUCUAAUAGCCUCGCCUGCCAAGGUGGUCGUGGCCCUGAUCUCGGAAACAGCUGUGGCCCAUAUGAUCAAGGUGGUGUGGUCGGAGAAUGCAGCUGGGAAACUCAUCUGGGUGGGCUCGGACCGAUGGUUAGAGUAUAUGUACUUUAACAACGUGAUGGAAGGGAACUUUGUCGUGUCGUCUUCGCCUCUGGAACUCCCAGGGUUCGACACUUAUUUCUCAAGUAUUAAAUACAGCGACUCCCCGAACCCGUGGUUUAAAAGAGCUUUGAGAGACCUAGGAUGCGACAAUAAUGAGUGCGCGUACUCUCUGCUGCGAGAGAAAGCGGGGAAAAUAACGCUUUCCACCCCGGACAUCCACGACACUAUGAUGAUCUACGCCCAUGGCUUGCACAGCCUCCUGAUAACGUUGUGCCCUGGCGAGGAAGGGAGGGCUGCGGUCGAAUGUUUUAACAAAAACUCUGACAAGUUCAUUGGCUAUCUCAAGAGGGUCAACUUUACCGGUGCUUCGGGUCAGAUCUUCUUCGACAACAAAGGCGACCGAACUAGCAUCCUGCGCAUCUACCAGGCAGUACGCAGGCGUGUCCUCAAAAGGGAGGACAUCAAUGAGACAGAGGUGUAUACGUCCCACAUGAGCGUCGAGCAGGUAGGCUACUACGACAUCCGUAAAGGCAGGAUAGUCAAUUUCCACAACUUGACUUUGACAUUCACAAAGUUCGAUAAGAAUGAGACGCUAAUAGAGUCGCUGUGUAAAAUCCCGUGCCAACCCAACGAGUACAAAAGCAUCCUUAAAGGCUGCUGCUGGCUGUGUCGUAAAUGCCAGAACAAUGAGAAGGUCGUAGACAACGACACGGCCUGCCAGAAAUGCCCGCCCCUCUACUGGCCAGGUCUGUCGAACAACAAAUACUCCGUCUGCGAGCCCAUCGAGGUCACCACCUUUGACUGGUUGCACCCCGUGACCUUAGCCUUGCUCAUCACUAACGGCUUUGACAUUCUUCUGGUCUUCUUCGUGCUGGGCACGUUCUGGCUGAGCCACUUCCAGAAGGACGAGGAGGGUCCGACCUGGCUGGUCAUCAUUCAGCUGGUGGCCAUCGUCUGGGGCUUCAUGUCGGUGCCCAUCUUCCUGAUGCGACCAACCACCUUCAACUGCAACGCGGCUCACACCUUAUUUUUACUCAGCUUUUGUGUGCUGUAUCUUGCAAUGUUUUUGAGGACCGUCGAAGUCUACAGAAAGUGUUUUAAAGUCAUUGAGGACUACGAGUUGAGGUAUACCAGUAAGAAUUACCUAGUGAUGUUUACCAUCAUAUUGGUGUUCAUUGAGAUGGCUGCAUUUAUUACCAUUGGUGUGCUGUACCCUGUGCGUGCUGUAAGCCUCCAGCCGAUUAUUAGCGAGAAACUGGUCGAGUUGGUGUGCGAAGUUCCGGUUCCCCAUACCAUUAUAUUCCUCUUGUUUUCAAUGGUGCUACUCCUUCUCUGCUCCAUCUUCUCCCUCAAGUCACAGAACGACCCUUACGGGUUCGAACGGAACCGCUUCGUAUCGAUGUACGUGGUGAUCUCACUGAUCAUGUGGAUCGCCUUCAUGCCGGCUUACUUCACGGCGAUACACCACCGGAUGAAGACCUACUUCCGGCUUCUGGUGGUCCUAGUCAACCACACCAGCGCGCUGAUACUCAACUUCACGCCAGCCUUCCUGGAGAUGUGCCUGCGGCGUAGGAAGGACUCGGGCCCAGGAGGGUUUGGCUACUUCCGGAACAGCAGACAGUCGGGGAACGCACCCGGGCAAACGGCCGUCCAUGCGACAAAGAUAAGCCGUGUGGAGAAGAGUAAGCCCAGCACUGGAGGGUCAUCUGAUAUCAGAGAUGUUCACAAAAUUAAUUUUAGCUUGCAGUCUAUACUUGGUUUAUCCAUCACUCGUAGCUCUAGGGAGACAUCAUGGAACGUGGACCCCAAGUAGAUGUUGAAUGACCUGAGUUCAAAACUUUGUUUGGCAGACCUAUUUAGUUGGAAGUCGCGUUUCUCUUUUUGUUGUUGUUGUUUUUUAUUCAUUUGAUAAUGUUUUUUUUUAAAAACUGAAAAAUUAACAUAAAUUAAGAUACAAUGAACAAUAAAGUGUUUAACUUGA